AUGGUGUUCCUAACAAUAGCUAACUGGGUACGUUCCCGAGGGCCUGACGAGUUUUGGAGAAAAAGAAGAAUGUUCAGGCUCGCUGCACAUUACAUAGGACGUAGAAGAAACUGUUAUUCUGUCACUGUACGCAAUGUUCACAGAGCAUUAGUUUAUGCAACCAAAGCUAGGAAGUUGAAGAAGCAGGACAUGAUUGAUCUAUGGAGCACUAGAAUUACAGCGGCUUGUGAACAACAUAACAUUACACCUUGCACAUUAAAGCAAGGCUUGGAUCGUGCUAACAUCAUGUUAGACCGUAAAUCAUUAUCUGAUCUUGCUUGUUGGGAACCACGGACAUUUGAAUGUUUAGCUGCCGUAGCUAAGCAGAAGCUAGAGUACGAUGGAGUUAUUGACUAUACUGAUAAAAAAUACCCUACAGGUGUGAAUCUUAAACUAAAAGAUGUUAUGCUUGAGGCUUGGCUGAAGGAAAAGAAACAAUAA